AUGACAUCCGCAACGCGCGCCCUCGCGGUCCCGGAGCUCCUCGAGAUGAUCCUCCUCCACCUUCCCGUCCGCAGCCUGAUCCGCGCCCAACGCGUGUCCUCGGAAUGGCACAACGGCAUAACCUUCUCCAAGACGCUCCGCGCGCGCGUCGCAUUCCUCUCUCCAUGCCCCGAAUCAGGAACGCUCUCUUCAGGAGAAAGCAUCACGACAUUCAACCCAACGAUAAUUCCCCCGCCAGACCGAGCAUCCCUCAACACCGCCGUGAAACUCGCGCGCAAAAACAACAUCCCAACAUCCGCCUUCCCUCUAGGCAUUCCCUUCACCAUCUCCUCGCUACUCAGCCGUCCCAAAGGACCCUGGAUGGAUAGACUAAUCUCCCAACCUCCCCCUCGCGAAUCCAUCACAAUCACAACUCUCUGGACGAGCGAUAUCCGAUUUUCCGAAGGAGGAGAAAAUUCUACCUCAAGAUUCCAGACUCUAGGUCCCUCCGCAACAUGCCAAAUCACUCUGACAGGAAACCUGUUGACUUGGGGGGAAGUUGGGCGGAGUUUGCGGGAAAGGAUUGCGGAAGUGCAGGAACAGAAUCGUGCGCUUUCGAUGGUGAGGGGUAGAUUCACGCGUUGGGAGCCUGCGAGAGUGGCGUGGGUGCGGUUGGAUGGAGCGGUUAGAGAUACGGAGGAGAGGGUUGUGCGGGAGAUGGGGGCGGACUUGGCGUGA